UCAAACUCAAACCCUUGUCCCUCAACCACCACCACCGCACACCGCUAGCGGGGGCGACCUGAGGUGCUUUAAGAACACAAGGAAAUAUGGCAAGAAGAAGAUCCAAUAUGGUUGUGUUUAUGGUGUUAGUAGCAGCUGCUUUGCUACAAAGCUCAAAGGCACAGACUACACAUGUAGUUGGUGAUGCCUUGGGUUGGGUCGUCCCACCCGGUGGAUCCAUCGCUUACCGCACCUGGGCUUCCAGGCAAACCUUUAGAGUUGGUGACACUCUCGUUUUCAACUUCACCACCGGAAACCACAACGUAGCAGAGGUGAGAAGAGGUGAUUUCAGUUCCUGCAACACCAACAGUCCGAUCUCCAUCUCCACCGCCGGGCCGGCCACCAUCCCAUUGAACUCUUCCGGCGAGCACUAUUACAUUUGCACCUUUCCAGGGCACUGUGGGUUGGGACAAAUGUUGGCUAUCAAUGUCUCUGCUGCCUCCAGUUCUCCAGCUCCUCAACCCGCCAUGCCUCCACCAGUGGCUACACCAGCCCCAGCCACUCCUCCACCAGCGGCUACGCCAUCUCCCGCCGCUUCUCCACCUAUGUCAACACCUCCACCAACACCUUCGCCGGUGGCUACGCCAGUACCAGUACCAUCACCAGCUUCUGGUCCGAUGAUUUAUGUUGUGGGAGAUAGCUUGGGUUGGACUGUCCCUCCUGGUGGGCCCAUAGCCUACCAAACUUGGGCCUUCAAUAAGAACUUCCGGGUCGGAGACACUCUAGUUUUCAACUUUACCACCGGAACACACGACGUUGCGGAGGUAAGGAAGGCAGCUUUUGAACCUUGCAACACCACCGCCCCCAUCUCCACCAUAACCGCCGGCCCGGCGAGGAUCACCCUCACCGCCCCUGGCGAACAUUUCUACAUAUGCACCUUCCCCAGCCACUGCUCCUUGGGCCAAAAGCUAGCCAUCAACGUCACUGGCACCGCCGCCGCCCCCGCUCCCUCGGGUUCCUCCCCCACUCCGUCAGGCUCCGCCACCCCCUCAUCGCCGUCUCCAAUUGGAAGUCUCAGUCCUCCACCACCACCACCUGGAAACUCAGCACCAUCUGUGGCUGUCGCCACCUUGCCACUCACCAUCUUGUCCAUUGCCAUAGCUUUCCUGUAUUAGUUACUGAUACAGAAUUUUAUGUAGUUCCAUUUGAUUCGAUUUGAUUUUCAGCUUGUUACACAGAUUGUGUUUUGUUUUAUACCAUCCAUAAAGCUGGAUUUUUUGUACUGCAGCUAUUAUUAUUAUUAGUAUUGUGACAAUAAUUUUUGCACUCAUAUAUUGAUAUUUAUACGACUCCC